CGCUAUGAUUGACUCCAGUUAGUUCUGUCGUGCUGUAGUCCGCGGCGCGCCACUGUACUCGCAACCCCGACAAAGUGCGCACAGCAGCGGCAGCCGCGCUCCAAGCAGGCCGUUCAUCAUCAAUCAUGGCCGCCGGAGUCCAGACCUAACUCCCGUCUUUUCCUCCGGAGGGGAGGAUUACCAUCAUUUUGUCUUGUUUCGGGGGGGGAAAGAGCAAUAAACCGGCCUGGUGCCACAUUUGAGAGGAGACAAGAUCCAUGUGCUAACACGCCGCCAUGCAGCCGCCGCCGAGGAAGGUCAAAGUGACACAGGAGCUGAAGAACACGCACACGGACCAGCUGACAAGACUGCACUUUAAAAAUCUGACUGAAUGUGACCUGCUGGAAGACAUGAGGAGUUACAGUCUGAAGAAGGGCCAACUGGAGAGGGACUAUGCCCAGGCUCUGCAGAAGCUGGCCAGCCAGUAUUUAAAGAGAGACUGGCCCGGGAUCAACCAAGACGACCAGAGAACAGACUACAGGAACGUUUACGCGGUCUGGCGGUCCUACCUGGAGGGCACGGUGCAGGUCAGCCAGUCUCGACUCAACGUGUGCGACAACUACAAGAGUCAAGUGUCGGACCCCGCCAAGACCGUCCGACUCUACAAGGAGCAGCAGCUGAAAAAGAUCAUAGAGCAGUUGAGCGGCAUCCAGGCGGAGUUGCAGGAGUCGGUGAAGGAAUUAGCCAAAGCCAAGAAGAAAUACUACGACACUGAGCAGGUUGCCCACGCGGUACGGGAGAAGGCCGACAUAGAAGCCAAGUCCAAGCUGGGUCUUUUCCAGUCCAGAAUUAGCUUGCAGAAAGCCAGUGUGAAGUUGAAAGCAAAGAGAAACGACUGCAACUCCAAGGCCACGCAGGCCCGGAACGACUACUUGUUAACGCUGGCCGCUGCCAACGCUCACCAUGACCGCUACUACCACACCGACCUGCUGCACUGCAUCCAGGCCCUGGACGGCAGGAUCUACGAGCAUGUAAAAGACUACCUUAUAGCGCUGUGUCGCACGGAGCUGGAGGCCUCCCAGGCGACACACAACACCUUUCAGUUCCUGUUGGACAAAUCCACCAGGAUCAUCCAAGAGUACAACCAGCAGUUGUUCAUGCAAGAGAACCCAGUCUUCCACAAAGCACACGACUUCCAGUUCCAGCCCAGCGAUUGUGACAAGAGUCGUCAGCUGGAGUCGGAGAUGGGGACCACGGAGGAGCACAGUCUGAACAAGGAGGCGAGGAAGUGGGCGACACGGGUGGCCAGAGAACACAAGAACAUCGUACACUAUAAGCGAUCACUGGAGGACUGCGAGAGCCACGGCCUGCCACCCACUGAGCAAGGCAGGGCAGAUCUGGAGACCAAGAUGGAGGAAUCCAAGGAAAACAUCCGCAAAGCUGAGACCGUGAAGUUGAAAGCGGAAGCUCGGCUGGACCUCCUGCGGCAGGUGGGCGUUGCCGUGGAUACCUGGCUGAAGAGUGCCAUGAACCAGGUGAUGGAGGAGCUGGAGAACGAGCGCUGGGCCAGCUACACUUCCCAUGAUCCUUCACUGUCGGGCACGGUGGACUUGGAGCGGGAGGACGGCGAGGAGUGUGAGGAGAACAUGGAGGUGUUUGACGACAGCAGCUCCAGCCCCUCGGGAACACUUCGGAACUACCCGCUAACCUGCAAAGUGAUCUACUCCUACAAGGCCUCGCAACCAGAUGAGUUAACUAUUGAUGAACAGGAGAUGCUGGAAGUGAUUGAGGACGGGGACAUGGAGGACUGGGUCAAGGCUCGCAAUAAAGUCGGACACGUGGGUUAUGUUCCCGAGAAGUAUCUGCAGUUUCCCGCCUCCAACAGUUUGCUGAGCAUGCUUCAGUCCCUGGCAACGCUGGACGCUCGCUCGCACACUUCUUCCAAUUCCACCGAGCCAGAGUUGCACUCCGGCUGCAUCAACGGAGAUGUUAACAUGGUGUUCGUGCGGGCGCUGUACGAUUACGAGGGCCAGGGAGAGGAGCUGACGUUCGCGGAGGGAGCGGUGAUUCGCCUCCUGAGCCGAGACACGCAGACCGACGACGGCUUCUGGGAGGGGGAGCUCAACGGACGGGUGGGCGUUUUCCCCUCGGUUUUGGUGGAGGAUCUGACGGAGAACGGCGAGACCGGUGUGGGAGGGCCCAACGGAAUACAGGUGUCGCCCUCCACAAAGCUGCCAUCCUGCCUUCCGCCUCUCCCGCUGUACGACCAGCCUCCCAUCAGCCCUUUCACCAGCCCCGAGACCACCACGCCGCCGUCUCUGCCGCGCUCGCCCUCCGCCGCGCUCAACGGCGAGCACAAGCUCCCCAUCCCCGCCGCCUCACACCGGACGCCGCUCACCACGCCGAGUAAGCCUCACUUCCCCUCCCGCCAUGACACUUUCCGCCGUUCACCGCCACGUCUCUCUUCAGAUCUAAGUUCCGGAAGGAGCCCGGUGUCGCCCGGCUUCCAGCUGCAGCCGCCCAGAUGUGCGCCCGAGGGAGGCCCGGGGAAACUACGACCUGUUAGUAUGCGGCCGGCAUGUUUGCACACAACAAUUCAUGUUGACUCAACAAAGUCCACAGCAUCAACAGAUUACUGUCUUUUCUGGACCAUAGGGCGGACCGCCGAUGAAUACCGUAUUUCCUUGAAUUGCCGCCGGGGCGCUAAUUAA